CUCUAUACAGGCUCUCUGUCCAUGCCUUGUGUGAAACAGGCUGGCUAGCUGAACAGCUACACAUUUGUUGUGUUUGUGGCGGUUCUUCUCUCUCUCCAGCAGGAAAUGAUGAAUUAUUCGGACUAUGACUCGGAUGACUAUUCCUCAAAUGAAGAUGAAGACUAUGUUCCCUCUGAUGACAACCUGAGCGAAGAUGACAUUAAUGAAUGUGUGAAGGAAGAUGGCUUGGAUGAAGAGGACCAAAAUGAACCACGGCCUGACAAUGCGAAGAAGAAAAAGUUAAAGAAGUCAAGUAAAGAUCUUUCUGUGAGAAAAAGAAAAAAAGGAGGACUUAAGCUGGAAGGAGGUGAUGAGGGUGGCACAGAUGAACAGAAGGAAGAUGAAGGACAAGCGAAAGAGGAGGAGUCUGUACCAAAGUCAGUGGAAAAACAUGAAGAGAAGAAGAAACAAAAAGCAGAUGAUCUUUGGGCAAGUUUUUUAAAGGAUGUUGGCCCAAGACCCAAAGCUCAGACACCUGCCUCUCAACAGACUACAGCUGAUUCCACACCACAAGAAGCCAGUAAAACCACCACAGAUCCUCCGCAGGAAGAACCAAAAUCCAAAAAGCCCUCCACAGUCACAAUAACAAAGGUUUUUGACUUUGCAGGAGAAGAAGUCCGGGUCACUAAAGAGGUGGCUUCUGAUUCACGAGAGGCAAAAAGUUUCCUGAAACAGGAAGAGAAGCAGGAGCAGCCAAUGUCUCCCUCUAAAGCCCCUUCAUCACUCAUUCCUGGACCCAGUGUGAAGAGGCCAGCAGGGAUGGGCAGCAUCCUGAACCGUAUUGGAUCCAAGAAGCAGAAGAUGAGCACGCUGGAAAAGUCCAAGCUGGACUGGGAUAGCUUCAAAACAGAAGAGGGCAUCGGCGAUGAGCUGGCCAUCCACAACCGAGGAAAAGAAGGGUACGUGGAGAGGAAAAACUUUCUGGAGAGAGUGGAUCAGCGGCAGUUUGAGCUGGAGAAGAACGUGCGUCUGAGCAACAUGAAAAGAUGACUGGAGAAUUCACAGGGUGGAUCAGGUCACACAUGGACUUUAUACACUCACACACACUCACACACACACACAAACACACACACACACACAUAUUCACUCACUUUGUGCUGCAAGUCACUAUUUGACUCUGUUGGCCGUCUCCUUGAUUGGCAGUUCUCACACCUCCCGCUCCACAAGAGCUGCCCACUCAUCCGUGGAUGGAGCCAAUUGAGAUUCAUAUGGUCUUACCCUGUGUUGUGUAUCCACUUCUGCUGACCUGACCUGUGUAAGAAUGGAAUCUGCUAAAACUCACUCGUGUCACUCAGAAACUGGAUUCAGAAAGAACACAACAAUCCAGAGAAAUACAGGAACAUUUACAGAUCUCUAAAGCAUUUAUUUGUUUUAUUUCAGAAAAUGUAAUUGUAUAUCAUGGUAUAUCAUUGUAUAUCAGUGCAGUGUUUCUCAGGCCAGUUUGCAAGUUAGAGAGGUUUUAUCUACAUUAUUCUGUUUCCAAAUACGGUUCCAGAACAAUUUCAGCCCCAGCUCAUGCUUGACCUGCUCUAACAUGAUUCUAUUUUUCUCAGUCUAAGGAACCCUGUGUACUGCACUUGCAGUUUGAUGCAUGUUCUGUGCUCUUGCACACCUGGUUUAACUCAUAAUAUAACUACUAUGCUCUUGAAGAACUCAGUUUGGUGUGUUGAAGCAGGGAAAUUCCAAAACCAUUAGCAGAACAUGGGAUUUCCAAGUGGAGGACUGGCAUCCAUUGCUUGUAGGGAAUUUUUACUCCAAGUACAAGAAGACAAACAUCAGGGGUGUUCUCAGAAUAGAAGAAUAAGGGUGUGUAGUUGUUUGUCUCUCUGUUUGUGCUAUUUCUCCUUUGAGAUUUUGCGCCGUUAAGAUUGAUUGUAUGAUAAUUACGUCUCUCGCCCCAUAAACAUUUUUUUUUUCUUUACCCUUUGACUUGAAUAAAUCAAAUCAUUUGGUUUGGUCUUUUUUUAAAAUA